AUGAUUCAAAAACAAACACAACAACAACAUAAGGUUUAAGUAGUUCUUGUCUGUUUUCUUUCUUCCUUUCUUUCUUUAUCUACAUUCCACUUCAUAUUUCGUUGGCGCCAAAUAAAUCCGUAAUCCUGAAAAUGGCAUCAGCCAUGAUCCUUCAAUCCAACAACGCUACUCCCCUGUCCUUCGUCCGAGGCCCAACGUUAGUCAAGUCUAAGAAUUACAAUCACAUCCUUCAGCAAGCAAGGAACAGAUCAAUCGCAUUCACAUGCAAAUCUAGAAACGAUGACGAUGAUGUUGACAAUGAUGGUUAUUUGUUGGAUGCACCUGUUUCUGCUGGAGAUGGCUUCUCGUUUAGCGGAGGAAAGUAUUCCGAUGGACCGAAUCCAGCUGAUGAAUGGUUUAAGCAAGGCAAAUAUAUGAAAGCACAUCCUGUUUAUGGCGCCGGUGAAAAGGCCAAGGAUCCAAUAUUUGGUCUUACAAUGGGUGGCAGUUCUCAAGCCUCCACAGAUGUCUUUAGAUGGUUUUGCGUAGAAAGUGGAAAUGUCGAUAAACCUUCUGUUAUAUUAAUUCAUGGAUUUCCUUCACAAGCUUAUUCAUACCGCAAGGUACUGCCACUGCUAUCCAAGGAUUAUCAUGCUAUCGCUUUUGAUUGGCUAGGAUUUGGAUAUUCAGAUAAGCCCCAACCCAAAUAUGGAUUUGAUUAUACCUUAGAUGAAUUUACAUCGGCUUUAGAAUCUGUUAUUGAUGAACUUUGCGUUAAAAAGGUUUCACUCGUUGUUCAGGGGUAUUUUGCACCCAUUGUUGUUAAAUAUGCAAGCAAUCAUCAGGAGAAGUUGAAUGAUCUCAUACUGCUUAAUCCUCCGCUAACAGCCAAGCAUGCAAAUCUGCCUUCAACAUUGUCCAUAUUCAGCAACUUUUUGUUGGGUGAAAUAUUCUCCCAGGAUCCUUUAAGGGCCAGUGAUAAAGCCUUGACAAGCUGUGGGCCUUACAAAAUGAAAGAAGACGAUGCUAUGGUGUAUAGGAGACCAUAUCUUACAUCUGGUUCCUCUGGAUUUGCUUUAAAUGCAAUCAGUCGUGCAAUGAAGAAGGAACUUAAGAAUUAUGUUGAAGAAAUGAGAAAGAUCCUGAUGGGUGAUGAUUGGAAAGUGAAAACAUCGGUAUGUUGGGGACAAAGAGACCGCUGGCUAGAGUUUGAUGGGGUUGAAGAUUUCUGCAAGGCUGCAAAUCUUCGGCUAGUUGAACUUCCAAUGGCAGGACAUCAUGUACAGGAGGAUACUGGUGAAGAACUGGGAACGAUUAUUGCUGGGCUUGUUAGCAGAAAGGUUCGAAUUUGAUUGUGUGAUCCUAUAACAUUAUCCAAAUUAUAAGUUGAAUUCGUAAACAAAUCUCUUUUUUCAUACGAGUAUAUAAUCGAAAACAUAAGGAUGGUAUAUAUAUAUAUAUAUAUAUAUUUAUAAUUAAUCAUUGUUAUUUGUGAACUACAUAUGAAUUUGAGAAAAUCAUGUAUAUUGACUAUUUGUAAAAUUAUUGUAAGUAAAGGUAAUUUGUGGUCA